UAAAACGUCGACUUUUUAAACGCACAACGUAGUUUGUGGCAUACCGUUUCAAAUUGUGUGAUUUCGUCUUCUUCGUUCGUGAUAUUUAUGGACCGGUAGUGUUGUUAUUUUUAUUUAGGGAUGUUGAAUUAAUCUCAAGUUUGCAAGGGUCCACUGUAGUGUUGAAAGCUUCUCCUCAUAUCACAUCUUACAGAACCAAACAAACCAUGGCGCUGAAGCUCACAAGGGUUUUACUUAUUUCAUUAAUCUUCUUUUUGCCCAUAUGGGGAAACGUCUUGCGACUUCAGAAGAGAGACUGGGUGGGCAGUCCAUCAUCAAGUGUGACAGAGGGUGAUGUGGAAUGUUUCUCUGAGUACAUGGAACUUUGGAUCCAUAGAAUGAGAAUUGAGGGACUGAGACUUUGGCUUUCUGGAAUAUUACGAAUUCAAGUGGGUAUGGUGUCCAUGGAGAAUCUAAAUCAUCAGCUUUCUUCGUGUGGGUUUGCCUUGCACAGAGAUCUGGAAAAGAACUAUAUCUUCAGAGUCAUGUACAGCGGAUGUUUUGUCCAGUUAGAGCAUGACAAUUAUGUGAUUGUGCUGAACCUGCUGAAGAGAGUGAGUCGAUUUGGAGGCAGGACUCAAAAGUUUCUGAUGAAGUGUCCAGCGGUGUUGGCGCCUCCUAACAGAGAGUAUAUCCAGUGUGAUUCAGACUUCAUCCAGGUUACCAGAGAGAUCCCCGUUGAUAACUGGAAUAAUGAGCUUGACUGGUCUCUGGCUUUGAGCGGGAGUCUGGUGGUGGCUUUGGAGGAUUCCAGUCUUAUUCAAGUAAAUGUUGAAAUGCACAAACCAAACAUAACAGUUCAGGGAAGGAGAGACACCAUCUUAAGUCCUGUGCAGGUGUUCAAAUCGGAAGGACAUUUCUUACCUCUCAAACUGGUCAGUGGCCAUUAUGCCUACAGCAUGGAGGGGACUUGCCCAAAUGUGAACCAAACAUCAUCUGAAGACACAGUGCUGUAUGUCUAUAAAAGACGCAUGGGUUUGACCAGAAGAGGUGGAUAUCAAAAUGAGACCCUGUCAGUCGGCAGUGUGAUUGUGGAGCAGACCGACACGUUCACCUGGUCAGAGACAAGUGACUUUGUGCAGCUUAUCAUUCCUACAUCUCACAUUCAACUGAAAAAGGAGUGCAUUGGUCAGGCAGGUGAGAAACUACAGCAACAUUUCUACAAAGUCGAUGCUGUUCUAACCUUUAAAGAGACAAAUCACAAAAUGCACUGGACUAUGGAAAACACCUCACCUUGUUCAGAGAUGUUAGAAUCACACCUCCAUUUAAUGCGCGAUGACCCACAAGAAGCUAACGUGACAACACAUUCACCCGAGGGUUUUACAGGCAAGCCAGAAGUUCCUGAUGGUUCCCACAAAGAGUUUACUCCUCCUGUGUCACCAGAGACUAUAUCUACAGCAUCACAGACAGCUGAUGAGAAAACCAGCAUAACCUCGGUACAAUCCCAACUACUCCACACAACUGAGGCUCUUAGUACAUCAAGUCUUUUAACGUGAAUAGAGAUAAUGACAUAAAAGUAUUUGCAGCUACACUUUACAGCCUAAAGCACGACAGAAAUCUCUGAAGAAGCUCUUCUGGGCGUCCAUGAAGGUGAGGGGCCGCAAUGCAGAACGUAUGGAAAUGCAGGUACCAGCUGCACAUGUGUCGGUGAUUUCCGUUAUUACUAUUGGUAGUCCAUUAAUCACUACAGAUGUAAUCACAAUUUGAAAUACAGCUACACAUUUAAGCGCCAUUUUCACUCAGUCUGGGAUUUACAACACAACAGUCAAGUGGACCCAUGCAUCUUUUCAGCUGACAAGCAAAGUGCCAUUGGAAUCACAUGUGGGGAAUGAUUACAUCAAAGACUGUGUUGGUCGUGCCAUUUAGAUGCGAGCUACUGUCUCAGAACUCCCUGAGCUGUGUGUGUCACAUCACAUCUUGGGAAUAAAUGUGGUGUCUAGCAGGUACAAACUGGUGUUUACUCUUAAGUUGCACUGUAACUAUCCCUGUUUUUUUUCCUAAAAAACAGAAGGGCUCAAUACUUGGCGCUCUACUUUUUUUAAACGUAUAAUGAGCGUGUUUAUUAUGUUGCUCUCUGGAAUCCAUUUUUCUUAAUUUGUCACAACAUUUGUAUAUUGCUGCAUAUUAUUUUGAUAAUCAUGAAUAUGGUCUUGAAAUGUAGUUACACUAAAACCACAAAUUAAUUUAUUUCUUAAAAAUGUACAGUAUUGAUAACCAUAUACUGCCAUCCAUAAUAAAACAAAUCGAACAUAAUAAUAAUCAAAAAUAGAAGAUCGAACCUCUUCACUCUUAUAAUUUGUUAAAUAUUUGGACAUGUACUAGUUAGGGCCUACACAUUGGCAUUAUUUCCAUAUCUCUUGUAUCACACUGAGGACUCACUCUCACUUGUUUCUCACAAAUACAACUAGCACCUUCUUGCACCUCAGUUACUGAUAUUAGUAAAUAUUGUUGCAGUGUUCUGUUCAGUGGACUGUUUUCUUUGCAUUUUCCCUUACAUAGAGUAUGUAUACAGAUAUGUUGUAUAUUAAUUACUGCAGGUUUUAUUUCUGGAAAAAUAAAACGUGAUACGUAAUCUGUAUUUAAGUAGAAAGUGUUUAUUAACUGAAACCAAUGGGAUGUUUGUGUUCUGAACGAACCACGGAUGCCUUCUUGCUGAAUCUCCUGCCAUGCGGCAUCAAUCUACAAUGUAAGGAGUUUUUAUUCAAGGAUGUGAUCCCUCAUACAGUAGUUUUCUUGAUCUCUUUAGUUGUAGUUACAGUAGCCGCUGACUAGCUGUCAGUGGCAGUAUGAGGAAUAUCCAGAAGAGGUCAGUGUUGUUCAAUAUUUGGCUUUUGAUGAAAAUUCCAAGGCAAUGAGCAAUGUGUCUAAAAUGUAGUAUUUUGAGGUUGGUGUCAGUUGUUCAAAAGGCAUAUAUAUAUGUUUUACCGACACUUGGUGUUUUUGUUCAUAAAACAUAAAUACUGGGCAUUGAUGUACAUUCUGAUUUGAUUUAGUGGGAAAACAACCUCAGAUGUGAGGUUAGUUAAUUUGCCUUUACUACGCAAUUUCCCAUGCUUGAAUGAAUUCAAUUAGACUUUUGAAAGGGCAGGCCAUUUUAAUGUAACCCAGUCAAGAUAUUCUUCUAAAUUCUGAGCAUCUGGAAGAAAGACCACUGACACUCGUAAAAUUUAUUGUGAUUACGCUCUCGAUAUUUGAGCAAACCAAAGAACACCCUUU